UGGUCACACUUAUUCAAAAACAUAAACAAUCUUGAGGCAACACGUGCAUUUAUUUGUUCUCGUUUUAUUGAAUAGUUAGUAAUGGAAUUAUUCACUGUAAACAGAUAUACAGAGGAUUUAAAGAAGCCCAAAACUGGCACCCAAGAAACCACCAACAACGAGGAUGAAAUCCUUCAGAAAUUGCUCCAAAAGGCUGCGAAACGCAAGAGGAAACACAAAGAAAGUGAAGUUAUAGAAGCACCCGUCCAAGAAGAUCCUGCCCCAGAGGAAGCCGAAACCGAAACCAAGGAGGAGCCCGUGGAAGAACUUGAAAAACCCCAAGAGCUAGUAGAGGAACAGGAUGUGCCCUCCAAUGACUUCCAAGUUCUUGGUGACGAUGGUUCGGCAGCCAAGAAAAAAAAGGUGGAGAUGACGCUGCCCAGUUGGCUGGCUCAUCCCACGAUCAUCGAAGGUGGAAUCCUUCAGCCCGAGGAGGAGAUUCCUGCUUCAGAGGCCAUUGAUCAGCUGGACUACUUGGAAAAGACCACCUGUUUGGCUCUUAAGCAGAUGAAGAUCAAGCGACUGUUUCCUGUCCAACGGCAGGUCAUCCCCUGGAUCCUGGAGGCACAUGCCAAGCCAGCCCCUUUUCGCCCCCGUGACAUUUGUGUAUCUGCUCCCACGGGUAGUGGAAAAACCCUGGCCUUUGCCAUACCAAUUGUCCAGCUUUUAUCGCAACGUGUCGAGUGCAAAGUUCGAGCUUUGAUUGUUCUACCCGUGGCAGAGUUGGCCCUACAAGUUUACCGGGUCAUCAGUGCGCUGUGCAGCAAAACUGAGCUGGAGGUUUGCCUACUGUCAAAGCAACAUAAAUUGGAAGACGAGCAGGAGAAGCUGGUGGAGCUGUACAAGGGAAAAUACUACUCCAAGGUGGACAUUGUGGUCACCACACCAGGUCGCUUGGUGGACCAUCUACAUGCUACCAAAGGCUUUUGCCUGAAGAACCUUAAAUUCCUAAUCAUUGACGAGGCCGAUAGGAUAAUGGACGCCGUUUUCCAAAACUGGCUUUAUCACCUGGACAGUCAUGUCAAAGAGACCACAGAUCAGUUGCUGGCCGGCACUCAAGCACCUCUAUGCUAUGCUGAGCUUCAGUCCAGUUUUGGCAAGCAGCCACAUAAGCUUCUAUUCUCGGCCACGCUGUCCCAGGAUCCGGAGAAACUUCAGAAUCUACGGCUCUUCCAGCCGCGGCUGUUCACCACCGUCUUUACCAUGCCCGUGAUAAGGGAUAUAAAUGGUGAAGAUACCAAUGCGGAAACAAAUCCAGAUCAAGGACAAUUUGUGGGCAAAUACACAACACCGGCAGAGUUAACCGAACAGUUCUGUGUGACGGAGCUGCGACUGAAACCACUGACCCUGUUUGCUCUGGUGGAGAAAUACCAGUGGAAGCGGUUCCUCUGCUUCACCAACAGCACAGUCCAGGCCAGUCGCCUGACUUUCGUGAUGACAUCGCUUUUUGAACGUACCACCACUAAGGUGGCCGAGUUGUCGGGUAACCUUUCGGCUCGUGCUCGAAAGCAAGCCCUUCAGGACUUCGCAGCUGGCAAAAUAAAUGGACUAAUCUGCUCAGAUGCCUUGGCGCGUGGUAUUGAUGUGGCGGACAUAGAUGUUGUACUCUCAUACGAGGUGCCUCGCCACAUCAAGACCCACAUCCAUCGAGUGGGUCGAACGGCUCGAGCUGGAAAGAAGGGUACCGCUGUCACCCUCCUCACCGAACAAGAACAGGUUGCAUUCAAGAAACUUCUAAACGAUGUGGGCAAAGGAUUGGGCGAAGAGAUCAACGUUUCACCGGACAUUGAGAUCCAGUAUGCGGUUAACUACAAACGUGCACUGAACCAUUUGCGUAAUCGGCAGCAGAAGGAAAAGGGUAAUAAGGCGGCGAUGAGGAAACGCGUGGCCAACCAAGCCAUGGUGCAUAAAAAACAAGAGGAUUUGGUCACCGAUCGACCACUAACAUUAAUGGAAAAGCUCCAGAUCAAAGCGAGUGUGAAUCAAGCGGAGGUGCUUUCCAAGAAACAAGACGAAACGAAACCUCAAAACCGCAAAACAAAACCUCAGCCCAAGAAAACCAAGAAACAACUCAUUGCCAAAAAACUAUUGAACAUCGAGAACUAACAUUUCGGAUAACUAUUUGGAAUACUUUGUUUUAUUUAGUUUAUUUAAAUAUAAUAAUGUAAAUAACCA